AUGGCUUCUUCCUUCAAGGUUCUGAUUGCCGGUGGCAGCAUCACAGGGCUGUUACUGGCAAUCAUGCUGGAGAGAAACAAUAUCGACUACCUCGUCCUUGAAACUUACCCCGAGAUUGCCCCCCAGACCGGCGCUUCCAUCGGCUUGUUGCCCCAUGGAUUUCGCAUUCUCGGCCAGUUGGAAUGUUACAAGGCCCUUUGCGAAUAUGUAAGGGAUUACUCGGUUCAGUACAUGGUUUCGGAAGCCCAACGGUGA